AGAUUUGAUAGAGUAAGCGUGUUACUGUCUGUUGAACUAUAAUCGAGAUAGUGAUAUUAAUUAUAGUAUUAGACAGAGCAUAUAGUAAAAGGGAGCUGGAUUACUUUAAAAUAUAAAAAAAAUGGUUUCAGGAUUUCGUCAUUUAAUUAAAAGUGUAUUAAUUUGUGUCAUUAUUCAAGGGGUCAUAGGUCAACAAUGUGGUUCAAAGAAAGAGGUGGCGUAUGCUAGAAUACCGGAACUCAACACUCUCUUGUCUUUGGAAGAGUUUGACACCCAUAUCGCAGGUCGAGAGAUGGGUGAAGUUUAUUUUGCCCUGCCAAGACCUGCAGCGUUUGUACCAGAUAUCAAUUACAAAUCUACUAUAACUAAAGACCCGGGAAGUUCCCAGUACACACAGGCGACAAAAGGAGAGACACUGACAGCAAACCCAACAUGUGCAUCGGGAAGUGCUUCUUUAACCCCUGUAUACGGUAUCAACAGGGCGUUGUUCUUUCGAGAAUUUUCCGUGAUACAAGGUGUUUAUAUACAUGGUAACAUGAAUGAUGCACCAAUCACCGAUAUUAUAGAAGAUCUGUGCCGAGCUACGGGAGUAAAGUUUGGUUCACCUAGCUUAGAAUGGUACUUUUCAUUCGGAGAAAAUAGUAAGAAUUUUCAUUCGUCCAUCGCUUAA